AGGAAGGCGCUCCUGCUGCUGAAGAAGAAACGAUACCAGGAUCAACUGCUGGACAAGACCGAGAACCAGAUCGGGAACCUGGAGCGCAUGGUCCAGGACCUGGAGUUCGCUCAGAUCGAGGCGAAGGUCAUUCAGGGGCUGAAAGUCGGAAACGAGUGUCUGAAGAAGAUGCACGAGGUGAUGUCCAUCGAGGAGGUCGAGCGGAUCAUGGAUGAAACUCAAGACGCCAUCGAGUACCAAAGGCAAAUCGACGAGAUGCUGGCCGGCUCGCUGUCACAGGAGGACGAGGACGCCGUCCUGGCUGAGCUGGAGGCCAUCACUCAGGGAGAAGUUGAGCUUCCUGAUGUUCCUGCAGACGAGCUUCCAGACGUCCCAGAGGUCUCCGAGAAGAAAGCAGGUUUGUUCUCUCACUCGCUCUCUCUUUAAUAAUAUCUAUGUAUAUA